AGAUUCACUUCUACAUUGAAAAGUUCAAAUUAAACCUUUAUGUUUGAUCUCGACCUUGCAAAUUGUUAGGUGAAUAAAGGUGUACAUAACAGCACGUUAAAAUCAGCCUGUUGAAUAUAUUUAACGGUCUCCCUUUACUCGGACAGAUAUCAUGUAUACCGUUGAUUAGACUUGAAAAGAGAAGGGGCUGAACCCACAUACGACGCAGUGAUUGGUGAAGACAGCUGUCAAUCAAAUAUACCUUCCUUGCUGAAGGUAGCUUGAGGCGAAGCUUUUCAGUAUUCAUUUGACAUUCCUCGCAUCUUAGCUCAGAGGGGCGCAGCUCAGUCCACCUGCUUGUAAAACCUGCAUAAAAGUUCAAUGGACAGAUAAUAGUUAACUGUGAUAAAACUGAGUUAUUGCAGAUGGCCAAAUUUUAGUUCAAAUUGCAUUCACAUAAGACUAUUUGGCAUACAUCGAAACAAUAAUUUAUUUCAGUGUUCACUUUUUGUGCGAUUCCGUCCUAACUUGAAUUGAAUUUGCUGUAAUUGCUCGGCAGAUGCGAAAAUGUAGGACUCAUGAGUUAAAGCUUUCAGGAAGGAAUUCCGCAGAAGAAUCCUCGUUGGGGGAGCGUGCCAAGUGCAACCCGAAUAUUCAUGCAAAUUAUAGGCGUGCCUUCGGGCGAUGGAGUCACUGCCGGAACUUCAGAAAACCAACGGUAUACAAACCAGUACGAGACGGUAAUCUUCAGAUCUAGAAGGGCUCUAGGGACCCCGACAGACAAACGAGGAGAAUUUGACGUUCAUAAAAGGAAGGGGAGACAGUAAAGAAAGAAAUAACUGCGAAGUGAAGUCCUCUUCUUUAGUCACUCCACAAGAGUAGAGUACCGCGGAGAAGGAGCCUAAGUUUGCAGCGGUCAGUUCUUACUAAUUUGAAUAAGUAUUCAAUUGCCAUUUUUUCCGAACUGAGGGGACGCGCAGUUGGAAGAAACCAAAUCACCGAUGUGGAUCACUUUGGUACAUCUGAACCAUACCAUAUCUGACUUUGAGUGCAAACCUGAACACGGACAGAGGUAAUAAGAAGUUUUUUUUUUGUUUUGUUUUGUUUAAAUCUGUAUUUGUCCUUUUCUAAUCGUGAUGGCUGAAGACGAUAAUGGUACCGCUGCUGGAAAUAGACUGGACUUGGAGGGCAGCAACUUUAGUGUUCUCAGCUGGGAGCAAGUCCAGCGUUUGGACAAGAUCCUGACGGACACCAUCCCCAUCCACGGUCGGGGCAACUUCCCCACCUUGGAGAUGAAACCACGACAAAUAGUAAAAGCAGUGAGGAGUCGAAUGGACGAGAAACAGAUCACUGUUCGAGAUGUACGGUUAAACGGGUCAGCGGCGAGCCACGUCUUGCACGAGGACAGCGGAUUGGGGUACAAGGACCUUGACCUCAUCUUUUGCGCGGAUCUAAAAGGGGAAGGCGAAUUUCAGACUGUUAAGGAUAUAGUUUUAGAUUGUCUCCUGGAUUUCUUGCCAGAAGGGGUGAACAAGGAGAAAAUUACCCCAUUAACUUUAAAGGAGGCCUAUGUCCAGAAAAUGGUGAAGGUCUGUAACGACUCUGACCGCUGGAGCCUGAUCUCCCUGUCCAACAACAGUGGCAAGAACGUGGAGCUCAAGUUUGUAGACUCACUGAGGCGGCAGUUUGAGUUCAGCGUGGACUCCUUCCAGAUCAAGCUGGACUCCCUGCUCCUGUUUCACGAGUGCUCAGAGAACCCCAUGUCGGCCACCUUCCACCCCACCAUCAUCGGGGAGAGUGUGUACGGGGACUUCGGUGCCGCCCUGGACCACCUGCGGCACAAGGUCAUCUGCACCCGCAACCCGGAGGAGAUCCGGGGCGGCGGGCUGCUGAAGUACUGCCACCUGCUGGUGCGCGGUUUCCACGCGGCCUCCGAGAGCGAGAUGAAGUCACUGCAGCGCUACAUGUGCUCGCGCUUCUUCAUCGACUUCCCGGACAUCGGCGAGCAGCAGCGCAAGCUGGAGUCCUACCUGCAGAACCACUUUGUGGGGCUGGAAGACCGUAAGUACGACUACCUGAUGACGCUGCACGAGGUGGUGAACGAGAGCACGGUGUGCCUGAUGGGCCACGAGCGGCGGCAGACCCUGAGCCUCAUCACCAUGCUGGCCGUGCGCGUGCUGGCCGAGCAGAACGUCAUCCCCAAUGUGGCCAACGUCACCUGCUACUACCAGCCCGCUCCGUAUGUGGCCGAUGGCAACUUCAGCAACUACUACAUCGCCCAGGUGCAGCCUGUCUUCACCUGUCGACAGCACGCCUUCUCCACCUGGCUGCCCUGCAACUGAGCGAGGGAGAGGUGAAGGGAGAGGGAGAGGGGUCCAGGGGUACACCUUAGUUUGGUGGGUGGGCUUCCCUCCUGUUCUGUUCUGCGUUGUGUGUUUUGUCUCCCACAUUUUUUCGAAGGGCUGAUGGGGUCUGCUCUGUGGAGAGUCGGUGACAAUACGUAGAACUGAGUCCCUGCCAUGGGAUUACAGGACACAGAGGGGGCUGUGGUGAAAACCUACAGGUCUAAAAUCAAGCAAGCCCCCCCCCCCCCUCCCCAACCGCCAUCUACCCCUCUCUCCCCACUAGCCUGCUGGGUAAGGUGGGGGGGACCUGAUCUAAACACCCAUCGAUGCUUGGCUGAAACACUGGCCAUAGAAUCCUUCUCCCAGAGAGGUAUUUCUGUCUGAUUGUGCAGUCGGCAGAACAGGAACGGAAGUUAGCGUGCAGCUUUGACGCUGAGCUUUCUCAGACUGACUGUAGCUGCAUGCACGAGGGCUUCUGGCUUGGUCAGGCAUGCCACUUGGCAGCGUGCUCAGCAAACACCCUGCGGGUAGCGUCAGACUCCCUCAGCCACCGUGGCGGCAGGCAGGUGAGGCCACAUCCCUGUGCAAGCAGCAGUCUGGAAAGCUAAAUUAGAUAAGAACAGAUAAAAUUACCAUGAUGUGUUUACAAAACCAAAGAUUUUUUAAAAUACCCACGUUGAAGAAAAUAAAAGCAAACCAGUCAAAACAAAGAUAAAAAAUGCUAUGUUUGUAUAUGUGAAGCAUGUGUCUAAUAUCUAUCAAGUGCCUAACUGCCUACUGUGGGCAAGAGAAAUCUAACAGUUUGUAUUGUUUUGUGAGUAAACCCAUUUUUUUCCACAGUCAGGGACACACUGUGGAGCUCUAAAGCUUGUGAAUGUAUGUAUGAAAGAAUUGUUGAAAUGUAGCGCUGGUGUCAGUGUACUUGUAAGGUUCUUGCUCGCUGUCUCAGCUGGCUUAGAUGUAGGCAGUGUGGCAUCGUGCAGUAGUGUGUGAGCAGUUGUAGAGAGGAUGUCUCAAGAUAUUGCGAGUGUUUCAAAGCUGCAGUAAAAAAGUGAAAAGGGGAAGUAUGUUGUGUAUGAGAGCAUUGUUAUGGUUCACAUUCCUAUUUAUUCUUGUUUUAUGUGGAACUCUGUUCAACGUGUCUCUUAUCUGAAUGUUUUUCACACAGUGUGGUAUAUACAGUGUAUAUUCUGUCAUUGGCUGUCAUUCAUUUAAAAAUGACAUGAUUUUCAUCUUUUUCUUUACAUUGAUUGAUCGAGAUGCGGUGGGGGGUUGCAGGUAUCUGCGGCAAAGCAAUACUUGUGUUUUAGUUGUUUUUUUGUUGCAAUGUGCAUUUGUCCUUACCGUCCUCAUUUUUUACAAUGCUACAAUUACAUAUUUUUGCUUUCCCAGGGUAAGGGCCAAUUCACAAACUACAGUGCAGUUCUAGGAUAGGUACAGCCCAGCUUAGAAAGAUACAGUCUAGCUCACAGGCAGCAGGGUGAAUGAAGCUGCCUGAGACUAAAUAUAAAGACCUGAUUUAUAAGAAGGCUGUGUCUGUGCGUGCGUGCAUGCCUGUGUGCGUGCAUGUGCCUCUAUAGGUUUCUUUUCUGUGUGGGGACAGAAUUUGAUGUAACACCUGGACAGGGAAUUCUGCAGCUACUGCUGAAGCUCUUGAACCAGCCGGGCUGUGUUUGCGCUUGACCCACCUGCUGGGCCACUGCUCUGUGCCCUGGGGUCCUGCAGCCUAACCCUACUUUGGCUGGCCGUCGAUACAACAUUGGUCUGUUGUUGGCUGUCCUGAAUUAUCGGGAAAGGGGAUGUCUUGCAAUGUCACUGGGGCGGAAUAAGGUGAGGGGAAGGGCACAAGAGCAAGAACUGGGAAAGCAAGAGAGAGGGAAGGGAAGAAAGAGAGGAGAGAGACUGCAGGAGGAAGUUAUAAUUGAUAAUAUGAGAUUCUGGAGAGAGAGGUGCAGCUGGUGAAGAGGUAUUGCUUCUUUUGGUCUAAAGUAUUCACAUGAAAAUAACCUCCAUCCUUUUCUUGAAGGUUCUGGUUCUCUCCCCUUUGUCAGUUUCACAUGGGUCUGAACCACACACCAUUUUAUUUUCAACAUCACCCAUCCAUCACAUUUGCAUUACUGGGAAAGGUGAGGGUAAAGCCAUAGCUAUGUGUUCUUGAAAAGGUGGAGCAUGAAGCUGUGUCGGCAGCGGUGACUGGAGUCUCAGAUUUAUCUCUUUUUAGACACUGUCCUUAGACUGUAUGCCCUGGCAUACAGUGGCUUAGUAGAGGAACCCUACCUCUCUCUUUGGGCCCGAUUUUUGUCUCGAUACCAAAGCUCUGAACCCUGACCUCUGACUUCUGCCCCACAGUCACUGGGGCAGUGAAUGCAGUGUAUUUUGCAUAGAGGAGGGUAUGUGGGUGCAUCAUGAGCUGGUUCGAUUUCAGACCACUGCCAGUGCCGACCCUUUACAAUUUAACUCGCUGUUCCCUUAUAUUGUGUUCCAUCUUUUUACCAGCACAGUCCUACCAGCAACUGCUCUCUGUUUUCUAUUUAUUCUUUUAUUUUUGGUAAGCUUUAUAAUACUCAGUAGGAUGUGCAAUGAACAUGGUUUGAACAGUCUGGUUCCGCAGAUAUGAAAUGGCUGAUUCAGCUUGACUUUUAACGUCCAGUGGAUUAAAGUCCAAAUGCGGUGUCGGACACAUUGUUACUUUUGCCUCUGUUUGGGUGUAUUUUGCAAUCAAUCUGUUCUGGUACUUGAAAAAGAGCCUAUCAUAUUUGUUUUUUUGUAAUGACUUUUUGUAAAUGGAUUGAAUAUUACAGUUGUCACUCCGCUUUUUUGUCAAAUUGCACAUGGAACAUUUCUGAACAGCUUUUUGUAAAUGUACAUGUCUCCUGUGGGUUGAAAAUAAAAGUUGUUUUCAUCAUUAAAAAAAAAUCUAAAACCA